UUCCUACUUAACCCCCGCGCUUUUCCAGUAAUCCCGUGACACCGCGGCGAGAGAGGAGACGCGGCGGCGGCCAUGGCGAUUCCCCUCGUGCUCGUCCUGCUCCCGCUCGGCCUCCUCUUCCUCCUCUCCGGCCUCGUCGUCAACACCGUCCAGGCCGUACUGUUCUUGACGAUAAGGCCAAUCUCGAAGAGACUGUACCGGCAGAUCAACGUCUUCUUGGCUGAGCUGCUGUGGCUUCAGCUGAUCUGGCUUGUCGACUGGUGGGCAGGUGUUAAGGUAAAAUUGUAUGGAGAUCCGGAAACUUUUAAACUAAUGGGCAAAGAGCAUGCCCUUCUCAUAUCCAAUCAUCGGAGUGACAUUGAUUGGCUGGUUGGAUGGAUUUUAGCACAGCGAUCAGGGUGUCUUGGAAGCGCAAUAGCUAUCAUGAAGAAAUCUUCAAAGUUCCUUCCAGUUAUUGGUUGGUCCAUGUGGUUUGCAGAAUACCUUUUUUUGGAGAGAAGCUGGGCAAAGGAUGAAAAAACACUUAAAUCGGGUCUUCAAAGGUUGAAAGACUUCCCCAGAUCAUUUUGGCUUGCCCUUUUUGUCGAGGGUACAAGAUUUACUCCAGCAAAACUUUUAGCAGCUCAAGAAUAUGCAGUCUCUCAGGGUUUGACAGCACCUAGAAAUGUGUUGAUUCCGCGAACAAAGGGAUUUGUAUCAGCUGUAAGUAUUAUGCGUGACUUUGUCCCAGCUAUCUACGAUACAACAGUGAUUAUUCCAGAAGAUUCGCCAAAACCAACAAUGUUGCGUAUUCUUCAGGGACAAUCAUCAGUUGUUCAUGUCCGCAUAAAGCGCCAUGCAAUGAGCGAUAUGCCUAAAUCGGAUGACGACGUUUCGAAAUGGUGCAAAGACAUCUUCGUAGAGAAGGACGCGUUAUUGGACAGGCAUUUAGCAACUGGUACUUUCGAUGAGGAAAUUAUACCAAUUGGUCGUCCAGUGAAAUCUUUGGUGGUGGUUCUGUCUUGGUCAUGCCUACUCCUAUUUGGUGCUCAUAGAUUCCUACAGUGGACCCAACUCUUGUCGACAUGGAAAGGAGUCAUCAUCUUCUCUACUGGACUGGCAAUGGUGACAGCUGUUAUGCAUGUAUUCAUCACGUUCUCGCAGGCAGAACGCUCAAGCUCCGCUAAAGCAGCAAGGGAUCGAGCGAAGAGAGAUUGAGAGCUCUCGUGUGAAAUUUGGGCUAUAGGUGAACUGCCAAUUUGUUAUGUUCAGAAUAUGUGUACACACAGGCAUCAUAUUGGUCUGUUAUUGUUGUACUCGUUAAGAGGUACAUGAAUUUUGUGUGGCAAGAACCGUGAACUUACUUUCUUGUUUAUGUACUUUGUAACUGAACGAGCAAAGAUUUGUCUUGUCAUACUCCA